GAGGCAUUCCUUUAGUUUACACUCUUUGAGAGGGUUGUAUUCCCUAUGAAAACUUGAUCCCCUCUAACUUAGAAAGAGAGCGCAUUACGCCCCUUUAAGUUUGUUGUGACCUCUUUUUCGUUGGCCGGCAACGAGUGAUUUGUUUAUAUUCGCUGCCCGUUAGAGUUUUGAAUGUCUAGCUGACACUUUAAAUAAUCUAGUAGUCUUGUGCUCUAAAAUCAGGAACAACUGCCCUUCGUAAUUGCACUAAUCAUUUUCAGUUGCAACACUUGUUGACAGUAGAAGAAAGCGGAACGAGUUGCAAAAAACCAGCGACAGCACCAACUCCCUCGUGCACGGCAGCAACAAGCAUCUAAAAAUCGAGUUUAAUAAAUGUAUCAUCGCUUUUAAAGCAGUGUCAGUGAUUAAAUAAAUCAUUUAUUAACAUAUUUCAGUUUUUAUCGAUGAAAUGAAAACUCGACGUAGACCAAUUGCACCGUCUCCAAAUAUUUAUGCCACCAAUGCCAAAAUCUGCCAUUUGGUGGCCCAACAUCCAUGUCUCUACGACCGGAGCGAUGAUGACUACAUGCGGAAAUCUACUGUGAGAAAUGCCUGGAAGGAUAUAUCCAAAGAGAUGCGUAAUUCUGUCAAAAGCUGCAAGGAACGCUGGCGCAACAUUCGCACAAGCUAUGCUCGCUCUAUAAAGCUGCAUCACGGGGCAAAUACAUACUACCUAAAUAGCGAACUGCAGUUCCUGCAGAAUCACAUCACUCCCGGAGUUCCCAUUCCGCUAAGAGGCCGUCGUUCAAGACCCAAAGGUCAGGAGGAGCAGGACAGCGGGGAGUACGAUACUCCCGUGGAGGCCAUUCUAGAGAUGAAGCAUUCGCCGAGCAGUCCCGAUUCAGAGCAUGCGCUUAGCCGCUACAGUACCAAUUCUGAGUCGGAGGCUGGAUCCGAGGACGAAAAUGGCUCCGAACAGGCGAGGGAGGCAAAACGUUUGCAAUUGUCGAAGGAAAGCCAAGAGGAGGCCAAGACAUUAAGCCACACUAUUGAUGCAUCUCCAAUCAUGGAUUUUGAUGACGCAUUCCUGCAGGGACUGCGUCCCGAAAUCAAGCAUAUGAACUUCCACCAGAAGCUGUAUUUCAAGCGUCGUGUUUACGAGCUGCUCGGCGAGAUAUUCCAUUCCGAGGAGUCCGGCUCUUCUAGCCAACCAACGCAGUUGCCUCCACCGGAGAAGGUCAAUGGGAAGCUACCCGUAAUCUCAUCAUCACCAUUACCCUCAAAUCCUCUGCAGCACAUGGGACUGACGUUGAAGCUGCCAAAGCUGAUAGCCAAGCCAGCCAAAGAUGUCUAACUUCGUAGGCUAUAAACGACUGAUUUCGAAUUUAUGUACAGAACACAGGACAAAUAAUAUUUUAAGUUGUUUUUAAACAUGUUCAGAGAAUGUAUAAGCUAAUUGCAUGGAGCAGUUAGGAGUCCAAUUUGCAGUUGACAUAAGUAUAAAUAAACAGAUUUUAUAAAACUGAAA